AUGUACCACCCCGUGACCUCUGACCUCUACUGUCAUCAUGGCCGCCCUCUUGGCGUACGUCGGCGACAUUCUCACCAGAAAAUGUCGCUUUCCCAACAUUAACGCGAUCGGACAGCCGUUGUCUGAGCAGCAACUCGAGCGGUUUUGCUUCCAGCACGUGCCCGUGGUCGGUGCCCUGAGCUACAGCGCUUUCUCCACUAACAUCCUGGCCUACAAGGCUUUCGAUGAGUUGUUCACCAGCCGACAUCUUGUUGUGGCCAACUGCCUCCUGUUAAACUCCCACCUGGGCAUUGGACUGUACCUGUUUAACACUCGUACUAUCAGGGCAGUGAACACGCGCUGGCGGGUGACAUGGAGUGUGUACGGCAGUGCUAUGUUCAACUUCGGCUCCAUCCUGCUGUGGGCGACAGUCAAGGAGAUCAUCCCAGAGAAUGCUGUCCUUAGGGUCGGCUUCGGUGUCUUGUCGAGUGUCUUCUUCCUUAUGGUGGGGAAGAAGUACCUAGACCACGUGGACGCAAAUUUAAAACUCGCCAAGUCAAAACCAAAGGCAACAGAGCAGAAAUGAGCAAAAGCGUUAUGUCAUGGUACAUCGCACACUUUCCUUACAGUACUACAUCUUAUACUGUCAUGAAAGUUCAUCUGUGUUAGUUUAAAGUUAAAACUUUUGUUCCAACACAGAGAAUUGUUCUCAGGGCUCAUCACUCAACUGUGAUGGUGGCCAACAUCAUUUACCAGAAAUUGAUGUCACACUUCAGAGACAAGUCUCACUGGGUCAGUCUACUGAAAAAGACCAGAGUGACUGUUUCAAAGCUCUAGGUGAGAACCAUUCUUUGUGUUGGAACAAAAGUGUUAAUUUUUAUUUUUAACAAGUACCAAAUCUUGUUCUGUCAAAGAGACAUCAGAAACGUCAAUAGAGACAAACUGUACAUCUACAUAGUAUAGUUGUGUAUCUGUAUUGAAGAAGCUUAAGCAGUAAUGCAAUUUAUAUAUAUAAAAAAACAACAAUACUGCAAUAAAAAGUAGCUUGUAAAGUAAAAAAUUUAAUCAAAGCAAUCAGAAAAUCAAAAGAAGAUAUCAGUCCCAUGUGUGCCAUACUUGUCCACAGCAUGUUGUUGCAAAGUGCAAUAAAAAGGCUCCUCUAUGAAUAUUGGUGUAAUGUAAUGUUGAAUUUUAAUCAUGUCCCAUACAAUAAUGUUGGACCUGUCUGAAAUAUGACAUCGCUUUACUGAUGUAAAAUCUUUCGAGUUAUUUCUUGAUAUAAAAAUGUGGCAAGUUCAGACCAAAUAUGUUACAAAUCAGCACUUUGAAUCUCUUGAAAAAAAAUGUUUUUUAAGCAGCAACUUACAGAAUAUUGUUAGUUGCUAAAUAUGCUUGCAAUACAAGGAAAUUAUAUGAGUAAGAAGAACCUUGUGAGCAAUGAUUGUAACAUAUUGUAGUCAUUAUAAUUAGUUAUUCAUGGCAUGGCUUCAGUGACAAACCAGCAAAGCAUGCAGCAGAGUCAAAAUGGACUUUCUACUCUGGAUACAGAAGGACAAUCUUAUGUUAUGACUCUAGUUCUUGGCAUCUGGCUAUUUUCUUUGGUUACAGCUAUAGGAGCUGGUAGUAAAGGCUUGAGAUCACAAGUUAUACCUUUUAAGUAUCUAUGAAAUGUUAAGAACGAGGUUGAAAUUCCUUUCUCAUUUUUGUUUGCCUUAAAGAUAUCAUUGCCUAAUGGUCACCAUUCAAACUAUACUUGUAAUGUAUCAUUUUAGUUUAGUUUAUUUUAUUUUAUUUUGGAUUGUUAUUUUUAAAACCAAUGCCAUUCUGUCAAUAUCCACAGUUUCAAAUUGUGUACAUGUACUUCGUAUGUCAAAACCUAAACCUAUAUAUUGAGAGUAAAAUAAGUUGUCCCACUUGCUAACUUAAUAAAUUCAAUUUCCUUGUAGAUGACAUCAUUAAAUGAUGUACACACCAAAAGAUAAUGUGUAAUUAAUGAAAUUUAAAUUCAGAUGGAACUAAAGUCCUUUUGAAUAUCUUAAUUUCAAAUACAUCUUUUAGAUCUGAGCAGCACAUGUAUCUAUCUAUAGUCUGUGACAUGAUACAUUCAAAUUUAUAAAAUGACCAGGACAUUAACUUUUGCAUGACUCUUCUGAUCCUACUACUGUUAUAGGGGAACAUCUACCAAGUUAAGAGAAAUACAAUAUACCAGUGUAACAUGCAGAGUAUAUUUUUGCAGGAUUCAAGACUGAAGCAUUGUAAAUGUCAGUCACAGGAUAUGAGCAAUAAAUAAACAAGUACAAGUAUAUUAGCAGGUGUAAAACUAGUACUGCAAAUCAGGGACUUGGUGGACAAACUUGUAAAGUUAGUUGGUUCCAUCUACAUCUCUACUUCGCGUUCAAGCAAUACCAGACACUUUGUAUCAAUUUGAAAAUAAAUCAUGUACUAGUAUGUGAUAGAAAAUAAAGUUUUUCACCA